AUGCUGCACUGCAAAGAUGCUGCAACUCCCAUGGCAACAAAUUGUUAUUUGGAUCUUGAUGAGGCUGGGAAAAAUGUUGAUCAAAAAUUGUAUCGAGGUAUGAUUGGAUCACUUCUUUAUCUUACUACUAGUAGGCCUGACAUAAUGCACAGUGUCUGUCUCUGUGUUAGAUUUCAAUCUGCACCUAAAGAAUCACAUCUUAUAGCUGUUAAAAGAAUUUUAAAGUACCUUAAAGGUACCAAAGGCCUUGGACUGUGGUAUCCAAAUGGCACAAACAUUUUUCUAAAUGGCUAUAGUGAUUCUGAUUUUUGA